UCACUUCCCAACAAUAUUUGCAAAAAGCAAAUCGAAUACAGAAAAGGAGGAAUCAAAAUCUCAAAAUUGUUUUGUUUUUCCCCCUUCUUUUUAUCUUCAUCUCUACAAUUCAACUCUCUCUCUUCUCUUCUCUUGUCUUCUGUUCCCUUCCCAAAACUAGAGAUGUCACCUUCAUCAGACCAAAGCAACACCUACAGCAGCAGCACUAACUCCUACCUUCAUACCCUCUUACAAUCAGCCAGACCAUUUCUCCGAGGAGAACUCGAGAAGGUUGAUCCUAAACUCCCUUCCCUCGUGGCGGUGCUCAGAUCAGUUGGUGCAGGGGAGUGCUGGCAUAAGCACGGCAGCUUCCUUGAUCACCUCGUCGAUAUCUACCGUAUACUCAAACUCUGGGGUGCUCCUGAUGCUGUCUGUCUUUGUGGCCUCUUUCACUCUGCUUACUCUAACUCUUAUGUCAAUCUUGCCAUCUUUGAUCCUUCAACUGGACGUGAUACUGUUCGUGCUUAUGUUGGUGAUGCAGCCGAGAGCCUUAUCCAUCUCUUCUGCAUUGUCCCAAGGCAACCUUUAAUCCAUGAUCAACUCAUUUUUCGUUACUCGGAGUCUGAGCUUAUUCAACAGUUGAAAAUGUCGGAGAAUUCGCUUCAAAACAUCAAAGACAAAGGAUUAUCGAGCAGAGAUGAAGAAUGGAGACAAAAGAUUAACUCUUUGGUUCCUGAAGAUGGGUUAGUAGUGAAGCACAUUAAGACAGGAGAAGAUGUUCGGGUUUCGAGGAGGAUUGUUGCCAUUUUUGUUUUGAUGACUAUAGCUGAUUUCAGUGAUCAGCUCUUUAACUUCCAAGAUGUAUUGUUUGAUAACUCCAACGGUCGACUUGAGUUUUCUGGAAGUAAUAUUCAUUAUUUGUGGCCUGGAGAUGGGAAGCCAGGACUUUGGAUGAACUCGCUGUCGAAGAUGGCGGCAGUUUAUAUGCUCCUUGUUAGAGAGGAAGAGAUCAUAAUAGAAGAGAGGAAAAGGGCAGGAGGAGAAACAAAGGUAGAAGGGAGAGAUGAAGAUAUACAGCUGGUGGUACCGCCAACUUUUAGCAAUUGCACUAGAGUUUUGGACGCGGAAGAGCAAAGAAAAGCAAGGGACUUGUACUGGGAAGCUGUAUGUGACUAUGAAAAGGCAGGGUCAGAGAAAGCAGAGGAGUUGCUUUUAGAGAGUAUUGAGAAGAACCCAUUUGUUGGGGAGCCUCAUGUGGUUCUAGCUCAAUUGUAUUUAAGCAAGGGAAGGUUUGAGGAAGCCGAAAGAGAGGCAGAACGAGGGCUAACUUUGUUGCUGGAAUGGGGAAGUCCAUGGGAUAAGAGGAUGUCCUGGGAAGGUUGGGUUGCUUGGACAAGAGUUCUGCUGAUGAAAGCAAAGGAAAGGUCUUGGCCUCAGACUUCUUUUGGUAUCCUUAACUUGGGUCUCGUCAUAUGAAUUCCGAUCACUGGCAUAUUUAGAACAACUAAGUUGGGUCAGUUUGAUGUUUGCUAGUACUUGAAUAAAAGGAGAUUAAACUAAUACAAUCUUUAGAUUGUGGAUCAAAGCUUCUCAUCUUGCUAGCGUGUGGAUGCUCCAAGGUGUGUCAAAUUAUCUUAUUAUAGAGGUAUUUAUCUAGCAAUGAACAGGUGUUAAAUGCUUUAAGAUUUGUAACUAUCACUUCUGCUUUAGAAAAUAGUAAUAUAUCUAAAUGUUCUAGUUUGAAUGUGCAAACAUUCUUUUUAUUGCGUAAAAGUUACGAGUCUAUGGCCAACUAUGUAGCAUGGAAAUGGUUUAAAUUGUGAAAACAAUAUAACCAUUACCAUAGGCAGGAUCAUUCUGAGAAGUAUAGGCAAGCCUGGUGAUGAAGCUGCAAUGGGUGGACUUGUGACAGCCUCAUAGGAGACAUUCCAAACAGCUUGCUUGGAAUUGCAAACAAGUCUCAGACACGCAAGCUUUAGGGCAAACAGAGUGUGUAGAUAAAUACCAUAAGGUAGACUUUGAUAUGUUCCUUCAGCACAUACAUUUUGAGUUUUUCUCCCA